UUCGGCCGUAUCGCCGGCGGAGGUGUGUUUGGAGUUCAAUGUCUCCGGGGAAGGGAGUGAUGGAGGGAGGGAUGGAGGAAGAAGGGAGGGAGACAUAAAAGCGAUGUGAUGUCCUGACUAUUGAGCUCAUCAUCAGCUUCAUCAUCAGAUCCAAACAUCUACAGCUACAGCCUCAACUUCAUCUUCACUUCACUCCCACUCCUCCAACGAGCCCACCACCACCACUACCACCACCACCACUACAGCACCAUGUCUCUCACCGGCAAAGUCGCCCUCGUAACCGGCAGCUCCAAGGGCAUCGGAGCAGCCAUCGCCAAGAACCUCGCCGCGCAGGGGGCCAGCGUAGUGAUCAACUUCAGCUCCUCGCAGCCCGAAGCCGAGCUGCUUCUAUCUACGCUGCCGAACCCAAGCACGCACCUUCUGCUACAAGCCGACGUCUCCUCCGUCCCGGCGUGCCAGAAGCUCGUGGCGGACACAGUCGCAAGAUACGGCAAGAUCGACUUCCUCGUGCUGAACGCGGGGUGGAUGCCGUCUGCGGACCUUCGCGACACGACAGAGGCGGUCUUCGACCGCUGCUACAACACCAACGUCAAGGGCCCGUUCUUCCUUUCGCAGACGGCGGCGCCGCACAUGCCCGACGGCGAGGGGCGCAUCGUGUUCUUCUCGACGAGCCUGACGGCCGCGAGCGUGCUCACCCCCGCGUACACGCUCUAUGUCAGCACCAAGGGCGCCAUUGAGCAAAUGGUCAGGGGCGUGAGUAAGGACCUAGGCCGUAGGGGCAUCGCGGUCAAUUGUGUCAGUCCCGGCCCCACGAGGACGGACUUGUUCCUUAAGGGGAAGACCGAGCAGGUCGUGGAGAUGUUUGAGGGGAUGAGCCCAGCGGGCCGCAUCGGCGAGCCGGAGGAUAUCGCUGCGGUCGUGGUGUUCCUGUGCCAGAAGGAGGCGGGCUGGACGAUGGGGCAGAAUAUUAGGGUCAAUGGCGGCUUUGCUUAGAGAGGGAGAGGGAGAUGGAUUAUGUAGUCUCUUGUAUCGGAAAUUGUAUGACCUUUGGCACCAUUGCGUUCAGCCUCAUGGCC